AGCUGCCCAUAAUGCUGGCCGGUAGAUGGCCGUUUUGACAUCUGUUUCAGGAUGCACGGUGGUCAUGGAUUUCUCCCUGCGUCUCCCAUGCGUCUCCUCCCUAUGCCCCCUCCCCACUUCCAUUAUUUCCCUCCAGUUUAGGAGCAUGACUUCUAAGAAAGCCGCGGGGAGAAGUCCGGUAAAAAAGGGAGCCAAGCCGUCCGGAGCCAAGCCGUCUGGAGCAGCCUCUGGGAAGCCAGACCACCAAACAGAUGGGAAAGAUGCAGCCCCAGCAGACGACACUGUUCACCGCCAGGAGACCCCCGGCAGUCAUCCCACAGGCCUGAGUCGUGAGGCAAAAGCCGUGCUCACUUUGCAGUGCGCCUUCCGUAGGAUCCUGGCCUGCCGGGAGAGAAAGCGGAGACUGAAGGAGCGACAGGAAUAUGAAGAAUUAAUGGAUCGCCUCCAAAAGGAGGCUUUUGUCGCUCUAGUGAGAAGAGAGCAGGAGGAAGCUGAGCGGGCACGAAAGAAAGAAGAGGAAGAAAAGAAGAAGCAGAGAGAGGAGCAGCAGCGGAGAAAACGGAUGCUGGAGGCAGCUUUUGAAGGAGACGUGGAGGAGAUGAAAGCCAUUCUGAAAGAGGUGGCGGAUCUGGACACCAAGACUGGUGUGGGGACAGAUGAGAAGGGGAAGGUAGUCCGGCUCCAGCAUCUCCUCAACAUGGUGGACUGCACAGACGCCAAUGGCAACACCCCCCUCUCUGAAGCCUCUGGAGGGGGCCAUCCUGAAGCCAUCCGGAUGCUGAUAGAAAAUGGAGGCCAUCCCAACAGCAGGGGUGCCUUUAAUCGGACUCCUUUAUAUCGAGCAGCCUUUGGGGGACACUUAGCAGCAGUGGAGCUGCUUCUCCAGCACGGGGCUGACCCUCGACUCUAUGCUGAUGAUGGCAACACACCAGAGCAGGUUGCUUCUCUGGACAGUGUGGUGGCUGUCCUGAGUGCCUGGGAUGUCACUCUGACAGAUACCAUGCUCCAAAAGAUGGAGGCUGAGCAGCAGCGGAGAGCCCAGCAGAAGCAGAGGCACAAGGAAGCUGAAGUGCGCCAGACUGCCGAAGCCGUGGAGCAGCUGACCAAGGAGCACGAGAGAUGCAGCAGGGAGCUGCAGCAGGCCUAUGCAGAGCUCAACCGACGGAUAACGGAGCAUGACAAGUGCCAGCGGAAGCAGAUGGGAAAUGCAGAGCUGACCCUGCAUGCUGUAGCUGAUGCAGAAGGGCUGGUGGAGAAGCUGCGCAUGGCUGCGGAGGAGGCUGAGGAGAAGCUGUCCCUAGCCCGCCUGAAGCUGCGAGAGCAAAUGCAGGAGGGAUCGCCCUCCGAGAUUCCAGGUCUCAAGUGCUCCGUGCAGGAGCUGGAUGAUGUGCUGAUGAAAGACGUGGGUGGGAAAAUGCAGGUCGACGGGCGCUAUGGGAAGCCCCUGGUCUUUGACAUGAUGGAACUGGACAUGUUUGACACAGUGAAAAAGCAGCUGGAACGGCUGGAGACGGGCCUCACUCAGGUGCUGCUGAGCAAGAAGAUUCUGGAGAGUGAAAGGUAUCGCUCCUUACUGAGGCCAACAGACGGACCAGAAUAUGCAGAGACGGAAUUUCAAGUUGCUCGGAUGAAGAAGUUCAGGCUCUUUGUGAUCACCAAGCGCCAUCAUCCCCCUGAAGAGCUGCUGCAGGCCUUCCUCCCUGUCCAAGUCGUCCUGUCCGGAAUGGCCAGGCGGUAGGCACAGCUUGGCAGUGCCCAGUUCAACAGCACCCUGAGGGAAAGUGGAGCUUCAGAAGACCUCCCCUUCCCCAAGUGGCUCCUGCCAGGCCUGUGCGCUGAUUGGGAGGGAGG